AUGGCUCGACUGACCCCAGAGCCCCGAGGGCGGCCAUUGCAACCACAACGACCCAGAAUUACAGCGUCAGCUUCACCGCCAAGAACAAUCUCCGACCUCGACAGUACGCUCAAAUCAAUCAAUGCACUUGCGCAUGACACGACAGAUGCUACCAUCGUCCGUCUGUGGCGUCGCCUCCGUCAGGCUUUCGAUGCCGCCGAACCCGCCAUCGAAGGAUCCUUUGCAUCGUGGGCAUUGCAGAACGUUGAUCGCCAGAUCCUCUGCCUGGCGACAGACAAAGAGUUCUGUGACUAUCUUCAUCCUGCCGACGGAAAGGGGGCCGCAAGCGGCAACCGUGGCAAUCGUCUCAAUGCCGUGGCUCCCAAGUUUGGUGCUUCUCCCGGUCUUUUCUGCUUCCUUUUCGGCACUGAAGUAUUUCCUGGAUGCCGCCCAGCCCUUGAUGCCCUCAAUCGUCUUCACUCAUCCACUCCCCAAUGCGACAUCAUCUCCCUUUUUCGCGUCUUCUACCGACAGCCUACCUCCAAAAGGCUUAACAAGUCGGUGACGAAAACUAUCAGCCCCAAGGAUAGAUUGAAAACCGCGAUCCAGUCUUUUGAUGCGGACGCAUGGGAAACACCUUUGUCCAAAAAGUCUCGGGUUGAACGCUCUCAAGUCGAACAGGCUUCCGCGGGGACUUCUGGGACAGCUCGAUCAACACCAGAACCUCCCAAAGAAGCCGACUAUGACUCGGACCAUUCUUCAGAGUCAGUUGAAGACAGCUUCGUACCGAAUGAGGAUCCGCCAGAUUCACAACUCCUCCCCGCAACUGACCAGCCUGCCCUCAAGCCCAGCUCUUCUGACGGUGCUUGUUCUUCCGUUUCCAGCCAAGUUGCCCGUAGCAUCGAAAUAGCCAGAGACGGAUACGACAAAAAUGACAGCAGUCUGUUCUCUGUCGAGGCCAACAGCGACUCAGUCCCCUUGGCUUCCAAUUCGGCCGAGAACACUGAGCAUGUGACUGAGCAUUUGGGUUUCAACAGCGACGAUGACGACGAAGGCGACGAAUACGUCGGCGGUGAAGCCGAAUCUGGGGAUUUCGACCCGCAAAUUGGGCUCUCUACCAUUGUCGAAGUUACCGAAAGACUGUCUCAGCCUGCAACUCCUGAGCUUGGUAGAAGAGCCCCUACGCAGGAACCGGAAGCCCUGUUUCUCACUCCGCUAUUCGAAAUGAAUGAUCUCCCUGGAAGACAGGCCAUGAGACCAGACCCGCAGCUACCAAAGUCACCGGAAUCCGCCAUGGAUAAAUCCUUUGAGUACAUAACUCGGCCAGCUACCCGGGAGCAAUACAAACGCCCCCCGCCCUCCACGGAUUUACAGAAUGCUCAAAAAUAUCGCCGCCUCGACACCGUUGAAUCAGAAAAACCUCAAAGCCUUGCCAGCCCGACUACGACUAUUGGCAAUGGCGCAGAGAAUGAUUGUCUUGCCGAGAAGAUGAUAUCUGAUAGCCCACAAGACUUGCGUGAACCGAUCUGCAGUCGGGCCACGAAAGCGCAGAGGUCAAGUCUUGAACAGUUAGUCUUUAGCGCUGCCACCUUGGCGUCGCGGGCAUGGUUGAAUGACAUUGUCAUGAACACGAUGCUAUGCCGUCUGGCAAGCUCCAAGAUUGCAAUCCUCGACUCUUUUGCACUUGUAAACCAGUCCAAAGGCGUCCCCAGGGUCUCUGAGCGAAAGAAGCAGUUUGUUCGCCGUUCCGUCGAGGGGAGGGAAUUGAUCAUGUUUCCAGUCCACGAGAACAACAAUCACUGGGUCUUGUAUACAUUCAGGUCAGAUGAAAGUACAGUGUAUCGAUACGACAGUCUCGGGCCGCCGGCGUCGACAACACCCAGGCAAUCACAAAACCAGUUAUUCCACCAAGUCAUCGACUUUUUGCAUGGUACCUUCUGCUGGCCGAAAGACAAGCCUCUCUCAACGCGCUGCGUUUACGAUUGUGCCAAACAGGAUAACACAUGGGAUUGCGGAGUCUAUGUGCUGUGGUACGCCAGCAAGCUUGCUGCUCGCUUGCCGGUCAAUGAGCCAGCAGUCAUCAACCGUCUUUGUUUGCGACACAGCUUGUUCACAUCUUCGGCAGCGUCAAUCGCCCCCGACGCCAUCCACCAAGACUGGCUUUCAAUGUUCGAGAAUCCCACCUGCCUCGAUUUGCGCGCCAAGUGGUUAUUACGAUACCGCACUCGAUGCUAUCACCUGGCCCAGUACACCCUGGCCACGCCGAGUCAUUUCCCGCAAGAAAACAGCAAGGCUUUACUGGCCAGCGACACUCGCCACACCCAAGCGGGCAUACUUGCAGCAAUCGUUUCGAGCCUCCACAUCGCGCACGAGACAUGUUUACGCGUCGCCAUCGAGGCCGAGAGCAUGUACCGAAAAGACAUGGAGGCGCGGGAAAAGGAGUUCUCUGUCUAUCUCGAUGCAGUUCGACUCAUCUCCCGAUCUGCAGUGCCGCCGCUUCAGCCCACGCCCACCAAGUCGGACAGUGUACUUUUCUCUCUGCUUGCAUCUACAGCGGCCGCCGUGGACGCUCGUAUCGAGGAAAGGCAGCUUACUUUGGGUGCUUCGGGAGGAGAGGAUCGGUGCCAAAGCGAAUUUGUUUCAAGCAAGUACCGCAUGUGUGUAGUGCACAUUCUGCUUGCUCGUUUCGCAGCCAGCAAGUUUGCAAACCAUUUUUGA